AUGGAAAGAAAAGAAUCCACUCAUUCAGUAGAUCCGACAUACGGGGUGUCUUCCCCAACGACUUCUCCAUACGUAGGUGAUUAUGAAGGAAUUAAAGUGUUCAGAGAUGAUAAUGAGCUUCCUGUUGGUGAGAAGAUUGGUCCAGAGCUUCUCUACAGUAUUAUGCAGUCUAAGAUCUCGAUCCCAAUUAUCUCCGAGGACUAUGCUUCUAGCAAAUGGUGCCUCUGCGAGUUGACUGAAAUGUUGAAGUGCAAGAGUAACGGCGGGCAAAUAGUGUUGCCCAUAUUUUACAAAGUGGCACCCUCGCAGUUGCGACAUCUUACAGGGGCAUGGGCAAAUGCUAUCAAUGCACAUAAAAAGAAUUCAGACGAAAUGACUGUGAAGAGAUGGGAAGAAGCGCUCAAAGAAGUCAGCUCCUUGAAAGGAUGGGAAUCUGAGAAAAUUGAUCAUGGGCACGGAGGACAGUUGGUUAAAAUUGUUGUCAAAGAAGUUAUGAGCAAGUUAAGAAGUACUUUUAAACUAAUUGUUCCCAAAGAGUACAUUGGACUUGAUAAUCAUGUGGAAGAGAUUAUGAGCUUGAUAGGUGCUAAAUUUGAUGAUACAAGGAUUAUCGGAAUUUAUGGAAUGGGCGGCAUCGGCAAGACAACUCUUGCAAGGGUCCUAUACGACAAUCUCUCUAGUCGUUUUGAACAUCUUAGCUUCGUGGCAAAUGUUCGAGAAACAUCUUUACGUAAGGGUAUUGAAUUCCUACAAAAACAGCUUAUUCACGAUAUACUAAGACGUCCACAUGAUGUAUCUAAUGUCUAUGAGGGAGCCAAUGUCAUCAGAUCCCGAUUUACAAGUAAGAAAGUCCUCAUUCUUCUUGAUGAUAUAGGCGAUAAUUCUCACUUGAAUGCUUUUGUUGGAAAUGGUAGAUGGUUUAAAGCAGGAAGCAUAGUCAUCAUAACAACCAGAAACAAGAAUAUUCUUGACAAUGCCAAGGCGGACCCUAAGUACCAACUCAACGAGUUGCCUUUGGAUCAAUCAUUGAUUUUAUUUAGCAGACAUGCAUUUAAAAAGGAUUCUAUUCCGAGUGAGUAUGAGGUUAUCUCUCGUGAUGUUGUAUCUAUUACUGGGGGGCUUCCCUUAGCUCUUGAAGUUAUAGGUUCGAUCUUAUGUGGGAAGACAAAAACAGUAUGGCAAGAUACAUUAAGGAAAUUAAACGAAGUGCCUAAUAAGACAGUGCAAGAGAAAUUGAGGAUAAGUUACGAAGUAUUAGAUGAUGCGGAGCAACAGAUAUUUUUGGAUAUUGCAUGUUUUUUUAUUGGAUUAUCUAAACAAAGUCCAACUUAUAUGUGGGAUGCUUGUGGUUUUUUCCCAUGGACGGGGAUUGACACAUUGAGAGAUAUGUCCCUCAUUAAAAUUGACAAAGACGGCAAGCUAAUGAUGCAUAAUCAACUGAGAGAUCUUGGAAGGGAAAUUGUUCGUCUAGAAAAUACAAUGGAGUUUGAAAAGCGUAGUAGAUUAUGGAAAUAUGAGGAUGCCAUAGAUGUGCUUGACAACAAUAAGGGCACACGUAAGAUUGUGGCUCUUUCUCUUAACAAAAAUGGACAAGGAAGAAGCUACACAAGUAAACAAUUUGAAAAUUUGAGCAACUUGAGGUUCCUUCAAGUGAGGGCUGCGAAUCUUGCUGGAGACUUCCAAAACUUACUUCCUAGAUUAAGAUGGUUACAGUGGAAGGAUUGUCCCUCAGAUUUUGCAGCAGCCAACUUUCACCCGAAGAAAUUAGUUGUGCUCGAUUUGUCGUGGAGUGAAAUUUUGAAGGAUUGGAGAGGAUGGGAUCCCCUCAAGAUGGCAGCUGAGCUCAAAGUUCUCAACCUCUCGGGUCAUUCUUUGAUAAGAACUCCCGACUUGUCCGAUUUCAAAAGCUUGGAGAUUUUGAUUCUUGAAGAUUGUGAGAAUCUGGAAGAGAUUCAUCCUUCUAUCGAGGAUAUCAAGACCCUCGUUUCCUUGAUUGUUAGGAGAUGUUGGAGACUGAAGGAGCUACCGGCAACAGUAGGUAGAAUGGAAGAAUUGAAGGAGCUUAUCAUAAAUGAUAGCGCUAUAAAAGAGAUUCCUAUUUUGACAGGUAGUUUGAGCAAGCUAGAGAUUUUACGUGCCUCAUGUUGUGAAUAUCUUGCUCAACUUCCAGAAUCCAUAAGCUCCCUUGUGUCGUUAACUCAGUUGGACCUAUCUCAAUCAUGGAUUGAAGAACUACCUGAAUCCAUUGGCUCCCUCGAGUCAUUAACUCAGAUUGACCUAUCCCAUUCACGGAUUGAAGAAUUACCUGCAUCCAUAGGCUCUCUUGUGUUGUUAAUUCAGAUGGACCUAUCUCAUUCACGGAUUAAAGAAUUACCUGAAUCCAUGGACUCCCUUGAGUUGCUAACUCAUUUGAACCUAUCUUAUUCAUGCAUCAAAGAAUUACCAGAAUCCUUGGGCUCCCUUCUGUCGUUAACACACCUAGACCUAUCUCAUUCACAAAUUGAAGAAUUACCUGAAUCCAUUGGAUCUCUGAAGAAGCUUAAGACUCUUGAUGCCUCUAACUGUGAAUUGUUAGCCCAUAUACCCAGUUCCAUAGGCCAUCUAAAAUCUCUACAACGCUUGUUAUUACGGAAAUGCCAUUCGUUGAGUGAGAUCCCCGACUCGAUCGGAAAGUUGGCAUUAUUGAUUGAGUUGGAUUUAAAAUCUACGGCGAUUGUGCAAUUACCUGAAAGCAUUGGUUCUUUGAAGGAACUCAAGAUUCUUGAUGCCUCUUAUUGUGCAUUGUUAGCCUGUGUACCUAACUCCAUAGGCCAUCUUGCAUCUCAGUCUCUGCUUGACCUAAGAUUCUCCCUUGUUUCUCUACAACGCUUGUUGCUACAAGAAUGUUGCUUGUUGAGAGAGAUCCCAGACUCGAUCGGAAGGUUAACAUCAUUGACUCAAUUGAAUUUGGAACAUACAUCAAUUGCAAAAUUACCUGAAAGCAUUGGUUUUCUGAAAGAGCUCAAGACUCUUAAUGCCUCUUAUUGUGCAUCAUUAACUUGCAUACCUAGCUCCAUAGGCCAUCUAGCAUCUUUAUCUCUCCUUGACCUAAGAUUUUGUCGAAAACUUGCUCAACUUCCACACUCUAUAGGCUCCCUUGUGUCUCUACAACGCUUGUUGUUACGAGAAUGCCGAUGUUUGACAGAGAUCCCCAACUCGAUUGAAAAGUUGACAUCAUUGAGUGAGCUAGAUUUGAGACGUACAGGGAUUGCGGAACUAACCAAAAGCAUUGGCUCUCUAAAGGAGCUUGAGGUUCUUGAUGCCUCUUAUUGCGCAUCGUUAGCCUACAUACCCAACUCCAUUGGCCAUCUAACAUCUCUAUCUCUCCUUGACCUAAGGAAAUGCGGUGAACUUGCUCAACUUCCGGACUCCAUAGGCUCCCUUGUGUCUCUGAAGCGGUUGUUGUUACGACGAUGCUGCUCCUUGAGAGAAAUUCCUAAUUCGAUUGCAAAGUUGACAUCAUUGACUGAGCUGGAUUUAAGAUCUACAGCAGUUGUGGAAAUACCCAAAAGCAUUCGAAAUCGGCAGAAGUUGAGGAUCUUGACAUAG